AGGUGCAUUGUUAUGUCUGGCGCGGUAGCUGUUCGGGGACAAUUGGCAGGGCGAUGAGUCAGCAAAUGAGGGCCAGGCAGGCACUUUUCAUCUCUUUGACGACGAGUGCCUAAUUUGUUUGUGUGUACAAGCACGCCGCCGCACGCGUAGGAGCGGCGCAUGAACGGCCGCUUCGCCGAGAGUAGCGAAACGGAAACGAACGAGAAAGACAGAGAGAGAAAGAGAUGCCUCGAGCGCCGUUUCAACCGGAUGAAAAAACGGCGCCGUAGUCGAUGAACACUAAGCACAAAUCCCGUGAGCAGAAUGAACUGGAUCCACGGACCAUUGGGCGGAUCGCAGAGUUAGUUCAGGGAUAACCAGUUUGAUCCAGCAUUUGUUGAUAGCAAGACACCGGCAGGAGUAGCCGGCAUAAUCGCGUCUCGCAUCCUAGCAUCCCAUUGCAAAUAUAAAACACCGGGACCGAUCGACGGGAACAUCAAUAAGCCCGUAGUUGCGGGCCUUGGUGGAUAGUCUUCCAAAACGAACCUUCGAGAAUGUCGAGGAUAACCGGGCUCUGGCCCCUCCUGGCGGUGCUCCUCGCCUGUUGCACCCUCUUCGACGGUUCGACGGCCAUCCAGUGCUACGAGUGCAACAGUCACACGGACAGCCGGUGUCUCGAUGACGUUCUUCCGAGCUCGAUGAAGAUGCAAUGCCACGACCAGCACACCUUGUGUAGGAAAAUCGAUCAGAUGAUCGAGUUUAAGGUUAACGGACUUCCCGAGGAUAGACGAAUCGUAAGAUCGUGCGGAUGGGAAGAGUCAAAGUACAAAGGCGAGUGCUACGACAGGAGUGGAUUCGGUGGUAUACAAAGGGUCUGCUCGUGCACAGGUGAUAAUUGCAACGGCAAAGGUUAUCAUUCCUCCUCCUUGGUUAACGUCUUGUUAUCAUCCGUCGCUCUGUUUAUUCUAACCAGAGAGAUAUCCGCGUUCUAAGAUUCGCAGCUCCGACGCACCCGUUAUACAAUAUUGACGCCUAGAAAAAAAGUCACUCACGUCAGGUUUGUUCUUGUCUUUUGGUUAGUUGUUUGUUGCAGGUUUUUUCAUGUAUUUCCAGCAAGCAAUUAACCAAAACUCUAUAUAUCUCUAUAGUGAAAUAUAAAUUAUUUUCAUUCAAAUAUGACGCGGAAUAAAGAGAGUUUUGACUAUUAUUAUUAACAAUACUAUAGGGUUCUAAAAAUUUUCAAACAAAAAUUUAAUCAGACAAUGAGGAAUUGUGUAUAGAUUAGUUUUUAACCUUGAGAGGGUCGGCCUGGCUCUUUCAGGAGUCAGCAGAUAAUUCGAAAAAAUAUCGAAUUUCAAGGGGAAAAAGUCGGCCCUCUAAAGGUUAAUAUACCAGUCAAUAACUUAAUACAUCACGCGAAUUUGCAACGAUAAUGAAAAUUUAUAUCAGACCAAAUAUAUCUGUAUAAUAUCUAAAUAUACCUAGACGCAUGUACACACAGAAGCUGAGAGUGAAUGAAAUUGUACCUGUAAUGUACGUAUAAUGAAAGAUGUUUGUAUUUUUGAAAGUCAAAAAUUU